AUGACUUUAAAACGUGUGGUUGUGGUGGUCCUUGCGCUUUAUCUGUCCGUGGUGGUUGUGAUAGUCUUCAGAAUUUCAUCAAGUGAUGAUGAUAAUCAUCGGAACUACAGUGUUGUGGAAGUUGAAACGACCACAGGGUUGUACAUUCCGGAAAAUGUGGAAGAACUGAUUGCGAAAGCGAAUAGUGAACAACGAAUCUACAAUGAAAAUUUGUACGGAGAUACGAUUGAGUUGGUUGUUGUUGUGCAAGUUCACAGGCGUCCACUAUACUUACAACAACUGAUCAACAGUCUCGAAAACACCCCCUCAAUUAACAAAACUCUUUUAAUUUUUUCGCACGACUGGGUUGACCCAAACAUCACCCACAUCGUUCAAAGCGUCAAAUUUGCCAAAGUUUUACAAAUUUUUUACCCAUUUUCACUCCAAACUCACCCGGAGGACUUUCCAGGACCCGACGUCAACGACUGUGUGACCGAAGACGAAAAACUGGUGCCCGAGUGCCCAAAUUUCGACUUCCGGGACACUUACGGGAAGUUCAGGAACGCCUCCGUGGCACAAAUCAAGCACCACUGGUGGUGGAAAGCCAACUUUGUUUUCAAAGAAGUGAAAAUCCUCAACGAUUACACGGGUUUGGUUUUGUUUGUCGAGGAGGAUCAUUACUUGGCGCCUGAUUUUAUUCACUGUUUGAGCUUGAUGAGAAAAACUUGUAGGUAUUAUUGUCCCAACUGUUGGUUUUUGUCACUGGGUGUACGCAAUAGAGUCAACUUUGGGUUAUAUUCUGACUGGGUUGGUAUUCAAAACACUGUUGAGAAUUCGGGUUUGGCUUUUAAUCGAACUAUUUGGAACGAGGUUUCCAAAUAUCGGGAAGAUUUCUGCCAGUUCGAUGACUAUAAUUGGGACUGGUCGUUGAAGAACGUGUUUCGAAAUGUUCCUGGGGAAACGAGUUCGAUGGUGAUGGUGGCGUCCAGGGUGUACCAUGUAGGGUCAUGUGGGACGCACUCUGAUGGUGAAAUCUGUGAUCCGACGGAACUAAUCCAGGAUUUUAAAAACCGCCAGACGAAUUUAUUUCCAGACUCGUUCUACGUUACGUUUGACAACAACCAAGAAAUUGUUGAUAGAAGUCGACCGAAUGGGGGUUGGGGGGACCCUAGAGACCACGAAUUAUGCAUGAAAAUGUGAAAUUACGUACUCAGUUUUUUAUUUUUAAAAAUUAUAAAACUAACAAUUUUUA